AUGGAUCAAGUCGAUAUGAUAUAAGAUGAGGAAUAAUCGCCAUUAUACAUUAAAAGAGAACUCGACAUUGAUAUACCAUACAGAGUAGUAUACCCAACCUAUUUGGAUUUACAAUAAAAAGAAACACCUAAAACAGCAGUGAGAUAAAUUGAACAUCCUGAAAUUGAGGAAGUGCAAGUACAAACAGAAACAACCCCAAAAACCUAAAUUGAUGUAUCCUCUCCUAGAGUAGCCUUCCUAACUCAUUCGUAAAUAAUGGGAAUGCAUCAUGAAGAAGAUGAGGUUCCCUUUAACCGAUCUUCCUUAAACAACCCUCUCUCUGAAAUUCCCGAGGAACUUACACCCAGUAAUAUCCAUAAUGUAUCUCAUUUAAUACUAUUUAAGAAGUCUAAGGUGUCCAAUCCAGAGAUUAUCCUUGAUAAUAUGAGCAUAGUAAACAGUUAGUAAUUGAAAAUUAGUAAGAAAUCUUCUGAAACUAAUGCGGUGUCCAUUCACAACAUUGAUGGCAGCAAGUUGAUAGAAGAAUUAAAAGAACACAUAAGUAUCUUGGAAUCUAAAGUUCAAGAAUUGGAGAAAGAAAACUUCAUUCUAAAAAAGAAAUCUAGUUAAGAGAAAGUAAAGUAUAUUGAAUUGCAAAUGGAAACAGAAUACAAGUUAACAUCGUUAAAUGAAUAAUUUUAAGAUUUAGAGCUUAAUUAUAAAAACUAAAUUGCUACUCUUAAAAAUGAUUUGAAUACUGCUAAAUAAUAAAUUCAUAUCAUCAAAUAAUAGAUUCCACAUGAUGAUAAUUAAGGAUAAUAAUUGUCGAAAUCACAAAUACAAUUCUCAUACAAUCAUCAAUCUUAACAAUAAUCUUAUCAGUAAUAAUUUAAAUAUCCAAUCUUAUCAUAGUCAUUUAAUGAAUAAUAAAACAAAAAUUAAACAGAUGUAUGCCUUUCUUAAGUCUAGUACGAAAUUGUCCAUUCUAAAUUAAUCAAAAUCAUUAAAAAGAUUGAUUAGUAAAUUGAUCUAAAUCAAAAAAACUUAUGUGAUCUUCUUUAAAUACUAGAAAGCAAAGUUAAAUUAAUGGUUAAUAUUGAAGAAGAAGAAAAAAUUGAUGAACAUCAGACCUUGAUAUCAACACUAAAAACUGAAUUGGGAGAGAUUAAAUAAAUUAGAGGACAACUAAACAGAAUAUUUCAUGAUCAUGAUUAAUUUAUCCACAAGAGAAACAAUGAAAGUGCAAACGAUUAGAAAAUUAAUGAGUUGACUCUAUAAAUCAAAGGAAUUAUGUAAGAAAAACAAGAAUUAAUUGAAUUGACUUAAAAAUAAUAAGAGUAAAUUAAACAGCAGAAUUAAAAAAUUAUAGAAUUGCAAUCAAAACUAAAUAAUUCUUCUCAAACAGAUACAUAAAGAAUGUAAUCUUAAUUUAUACGUUCGCUCUAAAUAAACUCUACAUCAAGUAUUAAGAAUAUCAAGGAAACAUUAAAGUAGAAAUAGGAGGGCACAAAAAAAUAAUUAAAAUCAUAAAAUUCUCCCCAAAGCCGAUCUGAAAAUGUUUCUCCAUCGUUAAAGUUCCUGAAUUCCCCAAAAAAUUCUAAUAAUGUUUCUACUUAUUAAAAAUAGUGGUUGGAUGAUAAAAAAUAACAUUUCUAUAAUCGAACAUCAGAUUUUAGUGCUGAAAAUAAUUCAACUCAUUAGGCAACUACUUAGAAUUUUAACAAUAGUGUUCAUUCAAGUAGUGAGAUCAUAUAGAAAUUAGUGGAUCAAUUUAAAGGGAAUUCGAUUUUUGCAUAAAAAAUCUCAAGUUAUUCAAAAAGGAUAUGA